CAACAACCCCCUUCCAAACCCCUCCGUCCUCUCCUGCAACGAAACGACGCCGACCGCUUGUCCCUCCCUCUGCCCACGCGCCUCCCACUCUCCAUGGCGAUCGCCUCCUGCACAGGCCUUGUUCUCGGCGUUGCCAAAGGUUCCCAAGACACCGACUUCCGCUUCCGAGCGGAAAAUGCACAUCGCCUACCUACCACCCAAACAGGGUGGUUUUUGUAUCACAAAUCAAAAAAUUAUAACAUGAUGCUUGGCGGCAUCAAAGAAGGAACACGCCAGUCACUUAAGUUCGCGGCUUGGACAGGAUUGUUCUUUCUGCUCGAAGAAGGUGUCGAUCGCGGGAGGGCUGCAGGGAGUCGCACGUGGGCGAGGUUUUGGGGUGGAGAGUGGAAGAGCGGUGCGCGAGAGAUGCGACUUGCUGCACUUGCAGAUGUCAUGGAAGCGGAGGAACGGGAGGAGGAGGCCGUGAUCUUGGACUCGAGAGAUUGUGUGAGUUCCAUGUUGGCGGGACUGGGGACCGCGGGGCUGUUCAGUGCAUGGAAUAGAUUUCCAUUGCCUACUGCCGCGAGGACGGCGAAGAUGGGGGCAAAGGCGGGGUUGGCUUUUGGUGUGUUGCAGGAUGCGGUUAGUCUGCUGAAGGGACGGAGGGUGGGCUACGUGGAGUUCAUAAAAGGAAUGGUAGGGCGUGCUGGAGAGGGAAAUAACAUGCCUGGAUAGGAGACCAUGUGGAUGUCUGUGUGAAAGGAAAUAUUCAAGGGAAGCUGGUGAAAACAUGGUCCACUGGUGGAACUGAGCAAUUGCAGACCGGGCAUUUCCAGCCGGAGCUACAGGAACUUGUACACACGCAAGUGGCAGCAGAUGCGUUGCGUUGUUGUGGUGAUGCAACGGCUACUAUUUGGUCAUGCUUGGUCCACUGUUGAUGUUCGACGGAUGAGUUUGUGGAGUGUGACAACUCAAUGGCCGUUGCUGAGGGAGCUGCGGCGCCGAUGUCCUCAAUGCUAAAGCUACUGGAUCCACCUCUUGUCACGAAAACCCUGGCCACAGACGAUCGAGCACAGUUCAAAGCUGCCACUGAAUGGCGGAUACGAGGUUUCGCAAGUCAUCACCACAUCCAUGUGACGGCCAUGGCAACAACGUCGAAGGCGACAUCGCAGCUCUCAUUGACCUUCUCUACGGCCAGAUGGGGCUGUAUGCAGAAGCUUCAUUGGAAUUCGACUGGCAGCAGAUACAGGCACACGCUUCGCAGUACUCUGAGCUCGUCGAAUAAGCAGAGGAUUGCAUAUUCUCUCGGCAGAUGUAUCGAGACCUGUUCAUUCGGUUGCUCCACCAAAACGGGCGUGCGGUUGGUCGGUGGGACGCAUUUGAUGUGUUGGAUUCGUUUGCGGCGGGACUGGAGUCAGGUUCGAGGAGUACGACGUCGUGGAUGGACAGGCAGUAUGACAGAGAUGCUGAGGAGCGCGAAGAUGUUGACUGGUGUCUGGACGCUUGUGUCACGGACCUGGAGGAGCUGCAUGCAACCCUUCUUUCAUGGGCUUGGGAUCUCGCAUUCACGGCGGUGUUUGUGGACAUCAGGUACUCAUCGAAGCUGAAAUAUCUCUGGGCAUUUGAUGCAUCCAAUGACAACGAUCUUCUCGAUCUCGAUCUCAAUUCCGAAGAUGCGAUUGUACGUCUGGCGAUUCCUCGUCUUUGACGCCGUCACGGGCGAUUGGAACGGUCCAAAUAUACAGCCGGUGUCUGGAUAGUCGGGUGUGUGCCGCCGACUAUUAUGUAUGUGUUUUGCUUCAUAUGCUCACGGGCGUGUCGCUCGCACCGGACUCGACGGAAGCUAAAGGAUGGCUGCAGAAAGCCCCCAAGACCUGGACCCACUUCCACAUGAGGGUUCGAGUGGCUGAUCCCGGACUGCAUAUUGAGUUUGGACAACAAUACCACGUUAUACUUCGGUCCCAUAACACAUCGGGAGUGUUUGCAAAUCUUCAUCGCAGAUACGAACUCGGACUGCCCGCCGAAGCUAUGCAGUGCGCUUGUCGGACGCUCAGUGGUUUGAUGUCGUAGCUGCUACGCUACUGUACACAUUGCGAAAUUCGCGUGCACUGCAAUGCGAUAUCAUGGCUAAGAGGGGGUAGCAUUAUGAUCUACUCUACGGACCAGUUACGCGAUGCUCGAUACUGGCUAAUACUCUACUGGGGUGUCUCCGAUCGCGAGGCACAAACUUGACUAGCCUGUCUAUAGACAGUGGGAACGGCUACGGUGCUCACGUCCUCAAGAGGAGCCGGCUACCAAUCGCAACGAGCACCUGCACUAGGCAACAAACACUAAUCCUCGGGAAUAUUCAGUAGUAGGUGAAUCACUGUCUAGCGUGUCGUAAUUGGGCCCUUCCAAGGGAGGAUAAUUUAUAAGACUGCCAAGUAGCAAUAUACUACCGAGGAACAUAUACCAACUCGAGCUGUAUACUGCUUACUACGUAGCCUGUGCCAAGAAAUACAGCAGUUAUGAUAGAUACCUCUACUGCCGAAAAACAAGCCGGACAUUAUCAAGCCAUCGCUCUUAGUCGCCGGCAACAAGCUAUUGUUUGUUAUGACUUGUCUCGAGAUUGCCUCGCUAGACGGUAGGUCGUCGGACAAGAGCCCGCUUGUGCAUAUUUUAUGUAGGAUUACAUACUGUAUACAUGUAGUUCCUAGCCAUAUAAUCCAAACGGAUAAGUGUAC